UGCACCUGUAUGAUAAAGGAUUAAAGCGAAACUGUAAACUUUCAAAUAACAGUGUUAGAGGAAUAGAAUCUUAUCAAAUCUAGAUGCGAUUAUCAGAUAAUAAGUUGAAACGUAGAUGCUCAAGUUAUAAUGUAUUUUUAGGAAUGUUCAUAUUGAAAAGAAAUAAAUAAGGACACAAGUAUUGCUAUGAUAUAUGGCAACAUGUUUCUUUCCUUGUGGUUUGAAAAGUUUUUUUGGUAGAUUGUAUGGAAUUUCAUAUGAAUAUUGGAGGUUUAAUUUUGACUAUCAGGGAUGGAAUUAAUACAUAAAUUAUAUUCAGAAGCACAAGCCUUUAAGGAUGACUUAAGACCAAAAUAUAUAAUGAAUACUUUGCUGAAGAAUAAAACAAUUACUGAAAUAGAGAGAAUAGAAAUAAUGGCAAAAGUAAAACCAUCUGAUCAAGUUGAAGUAUUAUUCUCAAAACUGUGUCAUAAAUCACCCUGGAAGCUGAAAGAUUUUAUAAAAGCACUUGAAAAAGAUGAAGAUGGUUGCAGUCCAUAUCCAUGGUUGGCUAAAAAAUUAGAAACUGCUUGUGAUAUUAAUGAUAAAGUGUAUCAAAUCCUAAUAAAUGGAAAUGUGCCAUUUUCAAUAAGCCAUCUUCUUCCAAGAGAUGACAAACUGAUAGAAAUCCGUGAUUCAUUGAUGCUAGCUUCUCAUAGAAGACGCCAUUGGGUUGUUUUGUAUGGUCCUAUUGGUUCGGGAAAAUCUGUUUUGGCUGCUGAAGCUCUGAGGAAUAAUAAUCUAAUAGAACAAUGUUUUCCAAAUGGUGUUUACUGGCUUUCAAUAGGUAGUUUAAAAGAUGAUGAAGCAAUUAAACUGAAGUUUAAAAAAUUAUUUAAGCUAAUGGAUAUGAAGUAUGAAAUUCAACAAGAUGAUGGAGCAGAAGAUUUAAAAGAUUUGCUGAAGAAAGAAGUUGGUGGAAGAAAGAUACUUGUAAUAUUAGAUGAUGUUUUUACGGCGGAAGUCAUAAAAGCAUUUGAUAUUGGGUGUCCAAUUUUGGUUACUACAAAGAAUUUAAGUGCCUUAGAUAAAUAUUCUUCUUUUUGUUCCAAGAUUGAAUGUAAAAAUAAUCUUAAAAAUGAAGAUAUUUUAUAUAUACUUUCCAAAUAUGUUAACUGUGAAAUUAAUCAACUUCCCGAAGUUGUUAAUGACAUCUGUGUGCAAUGUAAAGGUUCACCUUUAGUUUCAAGUUUGAUUGGUAGCUAUAUGGCUGAUAUUGGUAAUAACCGGAGAAAGUGGGAACAUCUGCAUGAUAAACUUCAAGAACGAGGAACAGGCACUCUUAGAAAGCGAUGGAAAUCUGGUGAAAAAGAAGAUUUUGGUAAAAUUAUUAAUCUGUGCCUUGAGCCAAUUCAACAUCUAAAAGAUUAUUACUUAGAUUUUUUGAUUUUUUCCAAGGAUGUUUCUGUGUCUAAUCAGGUUCUUGAAAUUUUGUGGGGGAAGAAUGAUUACGAAGUAUUAGAAAUUAUGAGCCCACUGAAUAAGCGAUGCUUUGUUGAUAUGGAAAUAUCUGAAAGAGUUGAGAAAGAAGAUGGUGAUAAUGUUUUAGUUUCUUAUACUAGUCAUGAUCUAUAUUUGGAUGAACUUACUGAACAAGUUGGAGCAGUUGAAAUUCAGAAUCGGCAUAAAAAAUUGAUUGAAAAGAUUUUAAACUUAUGUAUCUUGUCAGAUGGAAGCUAUGAUUGGACCAAGUUACCCCAAAGCUACAUUCCUUUUACUAUUGGUUAUCAUUUAUAUCAUGCUGGUGAACAUGACAUGUUGAAAGUAUUAUAUACUGAUCUGAAGUUUCUGGAGCAAAUAAUACUAUUGACUGAAAUUUGGCAUGUGACAUCAGAAUAUUAUCGUUAUGAAAAUUGUUUUCAAAAUGAAGAAAUAGAAAUGUUUGAAUAUUUUCUCAGAAGAAAUGCUGAUGCAUUAUCUGAUACAAAUAAUGAUAUCAUUCAGCUAGCCCUCUUUGAGCCCUCCGAUUCCUUAGUUUACAAAAAAGCUAAAGAUUAUGCUGAGUUGAAUAAAGGAAAAUAUUUUGAUUGGAGAAAUAAAAGUGAAAGCAAUUACAGAUUGUUUAAUUGCAAGGCAAAGCUAUCUUUUAAAGGCAUGAAACAUGCAACAUUCAAUCAUGAUGCUUCAUUAGUUGCCUCUGUAGGAGAAAUAUUUGUAGAGGUAUGGAAAACAUCAGUUGUAGAGGUAUCAAAAGCAUUGUAUGGACAUUCAGAUGUUAUUAAUUACUGUUCUUUCAAUUCUAAAGGAGAUUACUUAGCAACUGCUUCUUCUGAUAAAACAGUUAGAAUUUUCCAUAUUGGAGAAUCACUCACAUCUAGUGGAGACUAUUCAAAGAAACGAAUCUCCAUCCCUAACUUCCAACAGAAUAAAAAUAUUCAGAUGUAUGGCAGUCCUAAGGAAGACAAUUCAAAAGUAAUUUUCACAGAACAUGGGGAUGAAGUUAUGUGCUGUUCAUAUUCACCUGAUGACCAUUUUAUUAUUUCCAGUGAUUCUGGAGGAAAAACUUAUGUGUGGGAAGUUGGUACUGAAAUAAAUGAGCAGGAUUGGACAAUCAAAUAUGUGAAACAUCACAAGCAGCCAUGUUUCUCUUGUUUCAGUAAUGAUGGCAAGAUUUUUGGGACAGCAAUUUAUGAUUCGAUUCAUUUGUGGGAUUUUGAAACUGGAAAUCUAAAAAGAAUACUUAAUCAUAGUAAUUAUCCUUUUAAAACAAUUGUUUUUACACCUAAUGAUAAUCAUGUUCUCUCAGUAUAUGAUAGUGUUAUUACCAAGUGGAAUAUAACAAAUGAGAAGGAAAAGUCUGUUAUAGAUACAUGCCCUGACAAAUCGUAUGUAAUAUGCAGCUGCUGUAUAUCUCCAGAUGGAAAUUUUAUUGCCUGUGGAACAAGUGCUCCUUCUGUAAUUAUUAUUGGUGCACAUUCUCAAAAUUUUGUGAGAUAUUUGCAAGGACAUGAUGAUAAUGUCAUUAACGUGAUGUUCUCAAAAGAUAAUAAAAAACUUCUUUCUGUCUCUUCAACACAAUGUAUUAUUCAUGACAUAUCAGAGCUGACUGAUACACCUCAAUGUGUCUUUGAAGGAAAUUUAAGUGUGCAGAGGCAGAAUAAGGAAUUAGAUAUCAUCAUUGCUUCUUCAGUUUUCUUCAAUACUGUAGAGGUUCGAGAAGGAUUAGAUGGUCAUUUGAUUUCAAAAUCAAAACCCGAAAAGGAGAAUGUAACAUUUUGUUCAUUAUCCAGCAAUUGUUUGGAAAUUGUCUAUGGUACUAAAAGUGGAGAUGUGAAGAUAUUUAAUAUUGCCUCUCAAAGUACUGUAGAACUUCUACCAAAACAUUGUGAUCAAGUUAACUAUAUACUUCAUUCUAAAAAUAAUUGUACUUUUUUCACAUGCUCAGUGGAUAAAACCAUUAAAGUUUGGGAGAAUAACCUUAAUAUUUUGACAUUAACUGGCCAUAAGUAUGGUGUUGUAAUGUGUGUUGAAUUUCAUAAAUGCAACAGGCUUCUAUCAUGCUCUAAAGAUGGUUCACUUAGGGUCUGGGAUACCUCUAAAAAGUCAAGCGCUCGGCAUUUAAGUGUCAUGGAAGGUCAUGGCAAUCAAGACAUAACAUUUUGUGAUGUGUCUCCUGGUGACGUUUACCUUGCUUCAUCAUCUGUAGAUGGAAGUGUUAAGGUAUGGAAAGCUGAGAAUGGAGACUUAUUCAGGUCAUUUCGCCCUAAAAAUGAUUACACUACACCUGUACGGUGCUGUAGAUUUUCUCCAUCUGGUCAAUUUUUGAUUGUAGGUCUAGAUAAUGGCGAAGUUUUUUUUUGUCAUCUUUUGGGCAACCAAGGAUUGAAUGUUCUUGCCAAUAGACAUGAUUCUGUUGUACACAGGAUCAUGAUGGUUAGUGAGAAGUGUGUAACAAUUGAUGGACCUCUAUUUUUAUCAUUGUCUAAAAGCAUCCAACUAUGGAACCGGAGAGGUCAGCCUCUGCACACAAUUAUAUUACCAAAUUCUUUCAUGGGAACCAUCUCCCCAUGUAUCUGGACAUCUGAUAAUUUUGAUAUCAUUGUUGUUAUAUUAAAUUCCAUCCUUUAUAUAUUGAAAAGAAUUUAACAUUCUCAGAAAUAAGAAAUUUUUCUCUCUUAAAGAAAGCUCUUUUUUUUUUUCUUUUCCCCUCCCUGCAAAAGAUUUUUUUUUUUUAAGAAUUUUGUUUAUUUUAAAGUGUAUGCCAGAACACUCUAAAAUUUGUUCCAUUAUAUUCUCUGUAAACUGUUUCAUUUUAAAUUUGUCAAAUUACAAUGUGCCAUGUUACAUAACUAGUGGUAGAAGGGUUCUUUAAAAAAUGAAAAAAAAAAAAAAAAAAAAAAAGUUGUUUUAUUUGUUGGUUACACAUGUUAGCUAAUGUUAUAUGUUGGUGACCAAUUUGUUGAUUGCACAUUUUAUUAUUAAUAUAGAUAUUUUGUAAAUUAAAAUUUAGUUUUUUAAACAUUUAGAGCUUUAAAAAUUGUUCCUGAGUUGUCAAAAUAUUGUAUGUGAUGUUAAAAGAAGCAUUAGUUUAUAAUAAAUGUGAAGUGUUAUUGUCUUUUAUGAUGCUUCUAAAAGCAACAUAUUCUUAUUACAGAGUUCAAAAGGUGAAUGUGGAAUUAUGAAAAAUCAUAAUACUUAAAGAGCAUCAUAAGCUCUUGUAAGCUUUUAAAGCAAGAGAUUGUUUUAAAAGCUCCAUUCAGAUAAGUAGACAAUCAAAUGUAUUUUUGUAUGUAUUUCAUAAUGAAUAUUUCUUAUGGUUUUGCAUAAUUUUUUUCAUUCUUUCUUUUUCUUAUCACACAUUUUUUUUUUUUUUUCUCUCUCUUCAUCAAACUGCUCAAUUUUGUGAAUUUU